CUCACUGUUGCCAUCGGUGACUGUCAGAAGCGAGUCAGCGAAGCAGGGAAAGGAAGGGGGCGUUAACCACUGCAUUCAUUUACAGUCGGUCUCUCAAAUACCAACACCUAUUUAAUUUCAAAACCUACAUAUCAACAAAAAUAAGACUUUUCGUAUAUAAUCUUGUGAAGGGUAGAAGAGGGAGCCAUGGCGAAGCGGCAGGACACCAAGAAAUUCUUUGAGAAUCUUUCCGGUGCUGGAAAAUCCAUCGGCGUUCUGACAAGCGGAGGAGAUGCUCAAGGUAUGAAUGCUGCUGUACGGGCUGUGGUCCGCAUGGGUAUUUAUGUGGGAGCUAAAGUCUACUUCGUCCAUGAGGGUUACCAGGGUAUGGUAGAUGGUGGGGAUAAUAUUGAAGAGGCAUCAUGGGAAAGUGUCUCCAGCAUGCUGCAAGUGGGUGGCACAGUCAUUGGCAGUGCCCGCUGCAAGGAGUUCCGCAGCCACGAGGGGCGUCUGAAGGCUGCCCACCACCUGGUGCAGCGUGACAUCACCAACCUGUGUGUGAUCGGAGGGGACGGCAGCCUCACUGGGGCCAACCUCUUCAGAGAGGAGUGGAGCGGACUACUGGAGGAACUGGUCCAGCAGGGGCUGAUUGAUGAGAAGGCUGCCCAGAACAAUUCAGAGCUGCACAUCGUGGGAAUGGUGGGCUCCAUCGACAACGACUUCUGUGGCACUGACAUGACAAUCGGGACAGACUCUGCCCUGCACAGAAUCAUAGAGGUGGUGGACGCAAUCAUGACUACAGCCCAGAGCCACCAGAGGACGUUUGUGCUGGAGGUCAUGGGAAGACAUUGUGGGUACCUGGCCCUAGUAAGUGCUCUGGCCUGCGGGGCUGACUGGGUGCUGAUCCCUGAGAUGCCCCCUGAGGACGGGUGGGAGGAACAGAUGUGUCAGAAACUGUCUGAGAGCCGAUCCAGGGGGUCAAGGCUGAAUAUAAUCAUUGUCGCUGAAGGAGCCAUUGACAGACAAGGAAAGGCUAUUACUGUUAAUAAUGUCAAGGAUAAUCGUGCAGAUAAGAAACGGCUCAAUAUCAUUAUUGUAGCAGAGGGGGCGAUAGAUUCUCACAACAAGCCUAUCACUACAGACCAUAUUAAGGAAUUGGUUGUUAGCUGUCUGGGCUUUGACACCCGAGUCACCAUCCUGGGUCACGUCCAGAGAGGAGGAACCCCCUCUGCCUUUGACCGGAUCCUGGCCAGUCGUAUGGGAGUGGAGGCGGUCCUGGCCCUGUUGGAGGCGUCAGCCAGCACACCGGCCUGCGUAGUGUCUCUGUGUGGGAACCAGGCUGUCCGUCUGCCCCUCAUGGAGUGUGUUCAGAUGACACAAGACGUCCAGAAAGCCAUGGACGAGAAGAAUUUUGAGGAAGCUGUGAGACUGCGUGGCAGGAGUUUCGAAAACAACCUGAACACCUACAAACUCCUGUCUUACCGGAAAGCAGACUCUGAACUCCCAAAUGAAGAGGAUGAGCUCCCAUAUAAUAGCUCCUUCAACGUGGCGGUGCUGAACGUGGGUGCCCCUGCUGCGGGCAUGAACGCAGCUGUCCGCUCGGCCGUCAGGGUGGGCAUCACCGAGGGGCACAAGAUGUUCGCCGUUAACGAUGGCUUCGAGGGAUUCUACAAGGGACAGAUAAAGGAGAUUAAAUGGGGAGAUGUAGGUGGUUGGACUGGACAAGGGGGGUCCAUACUGGGAACAAAGAGAACCCUUCCAGCGAAGCAUCUUGAUAAGAUAGCUGAACAAAUCAGGAUACAUAACAUCAAUGCUUUGCUUGUUAUCGGUGGAUUUGAGGCCUUCCUGGGAGUCAUGGAACUGUCCGCUGCCCGGGAGAAAUAUAAUGAGUUCUGUGUCCCCAUGGUUAUGGUCCCUGCCACGGUCUCCAACAAUAUACCGGGCUCUGACCUCAGCAUUGGCGCAGACACAGCUUUGAAUGCUAUUACUGAUGCGUUUGAGUGUCUGCUGCAGCUCUAUGAGGCCCGGACCAGCCAUGAGGACUUUUGCAUCCCGAUGUGUGUGCUGCCUGCCACCAUUAGUAACAAUGUGCCUGGUACUGAUCUGAGUAUCGGGGCAGACACUUCCCUCAAUGCCAUCGUGGAGACAUGUGACCGCAUCAAGCAGUCUGCCAGUGGGACCAAGCGGCGUGUGUUCAUCAUUGAGACCAUGGGGGGGUACUGUGGGUACCUGGCCAGUGUCGGGGGGCUGGCUGCGGGGGCUGACGCUGUCUACAUCUAUGAGGAACCUUUCGACAUCAGAGACCUCCAGUCCAACGUCGAGCAUUUGACAGAGAAGAUGAAGACGGGCAUCCAGAGGGGCUUGGUGCUGAGGAAUGAGAACUCCAAUGAGAACUUCACCACAGAUUUCAUCUACCAGCUGUACUCUGAGGAGGGGAAAGGAGUGUUCGACUGCAGGAAGAAUGUCCUUGGACAUAUGCAGCAGGGAGGUGCUCCUUCCCCAUUCGACAGGAACUUUGGAACGAAGAUUGCAGCCAAAGCGAUUCAAUGGAUUUCAAGAAAGCUCAAGGAGUCAUAUAAAGAAGGGAAGGUGUUUGCUAACACAGAGGACACUGCCUGUUUGCUGGGGAUGCGUCGCAGAGCCAUGGUCUUCCAACCAGUGGUGCAGCUCAAAGACCAAACAGACUUUGUCCACAGGAUCCCUAAGGAACAGUGGUGGUUGAAGCUCCGCCCCCUGAUGAAGAUCCUGGCUAAAUACAAGACCAGCUACGACGUGUCUGACUCUGGCCAGCUGGAGCAUGUGACCCGGGUCAGGCCCAAGAAGGUGGACUGAACUGACCAGCACCUAGUCUGGGUAGGCUAGACCAGCACAUAGUCUGGAUAGGCUAGUCUUUAGAUUGGAUCAGCUCAGAGCAGACCGGCCCUUUCAGUGUAACUUAGCUCCAAUCAUGGUAACUCUUACCAACACUUUCACUCCGUCCCAUACUCAUGUCCCCUCAGAAGCUACUUAGGGCUCAAUUGCCCACCCUUCUUCUGAAGUAUGCACUUGUACACUUUCUCAUAUGGAUUUUACACUGGUAGAAACUGCUUCCAGCCAAUGCUUACACCAAUCCUAUGCUUUUAAAUUCAUGAUGGGCAGUGGUGCAAGUGCACACUUUUGGAAAAGGGUGGAGAACCAGGAUGUAGCCCUAGUCUACUCCCAUAGGUGCUUCUUCCCUCUCCGUCUUCUUCUAAAGGGAGAGCUGUUUAUCCCGCCACCUACUGUAGGUCUACUCCAUUGUUACGUUGUGUUGUCACUCCGUACUUGCACUUUGUAUCAAUCCUGGGUUGGCAUCUAAGAGUAGGUCAUGUUAGUUCCGCUGCUGUAUUUUGUGGCUUAGUUGAGGAUCUGUUUAAUGAAACCCAUUUGAAUGUUAACUCACUGUGUGAUCCAAGUGUUUUCUCCAAGUAUUAAAGAAUAUUUAUUGUGAUGACAA